UGUGCUUUCCGAAGGCUAGCAAUUGCUAUCCGGAGGACUGCGGUGAUGGAAAACACUCAGAUCAUUACGAUAGCUCUCUUGAGCUGUGCAGGGCUCGUCCUGACUAGCCAUGUUCACGACGUCGCGCCUGUCCAGCCACUGUUGCCAAAGCAUCAACAUCACAAAGCUCCCGUGCAACUUCAUGCCGGCACGUUUGACGUUGGCCACAGUCCGGCAAUUGGAUUUCACUACGGUCACUUGAAGGCACCCUUAGCUGUAAAAACAGCUGAGAAACUCGCGUUGCACCACGCUCCUGCAUUUACCCACGGGUUACAGGGUGCCCAUUUCGGUGUACAACAUGCUCCAACCGUACUUCAGGGCCCAGCUGUCCAAUUACAACAUGCACCGGUGUUGCAUUUGGGUGGGGGCCACGUUGGCGUCCAGAAGCACUUGGCGUUUGACCAUGGAGCACCACUCGCUCUUCAGCAUGCGGCCCACCUUGCAGUUCCGCAGCAUGCACCCGUAGCCGUCCACAAGGCCGCUGCGCUUCCAUUGCACCAUGCUUCCCCGGUGUUCCUUCAUCAGGCUGUUCAUAACGUUGCGCCAGCUGCUGUCCAGCACGCGGUACCACUCGCACUUCAACAAGCCUUCCCUGUGGCCGUACACAAGACUGCACCACAUGCAUUGCAUCACGCUGACCAGUUGGCUGUUCAUCAAGCUGCUCCUCUACAAGUUCAGCACGCGGUUCCUGUGGGCGUCCACCACGCUCCCCACGUGGCUGUACAUCAAGCUGCACCUGUAGCGUACCACCAUGCUGCCCCAGUUGCUGUCCAUCAUGCUGCCCCAGUUGCUGUCCAUCACGCCGUGCAUAAGGUUGCUGCUCCCGUAGCUGUUCACCACGCCGCCCCACUAGCUGUCGGAAAGGUUCAUCACCAACUGCAGCAUGUUGUACCUGCUUAUCAUCCCGUCGCUCCCGUAGCUGUUCAUCAGGCAGCUCCUGCAGUUGGCCUUCACGCUGCUCCCGGAGCUGUGGUCAAGGCAGUUCAUGCUGAACCUGUCUACGCUCCUCAGCCAUACAGCUUCGGUUACGACAUUAAGGAUGACUACGGAAACUCACAAAGCCGACAUGAGACCAGCGACGAGCAUAACAACAAGAAGGGCACCUACGGCUUCAGAGACGCCAACGGUAUUUACCGUCAAGUGGAUUAUGUUGCUGACGCACAUGGUUUCCGUGCCACCAUUCACACCAAUGAGCCCGGCACCGCACCUGGCUAUACUGCUGGCGCUGUGUACAACGCACAGCCUGUUGCCGUGAAAGCUGUGCACGUUAAGCCAGUUGUAGCAGCUCCUGCUGUCGUUGCCAAGGUACCAGUCGUUGCUCAUGCGCCAGUUGUGGCCCAUGCUCCCGUCCUUCAGCAUCAUCAUCUUCAGCCAGCGGUCGUUCACCAAAAAGUCGUACCGACCUACGUUCAUAAAGAACACAGAGUACCAGUCGUUGCUCAAGCACAUGCAGUAAAGGUCGACAAGCCUGUCUUCUUUGCCGGCCAUGGUCCUGCUCACAAGUACUACUAGUCUUUCCUUCUCAAUAUCAUUAGUGUUAUUUGUCAAAUUCUUUGUGAAUGAUCUACACGUUGAUCGUAUUCGUUCAUGUGCUGUAUCAUUGUAAAACUCACUGUUCAUGUAUCAGUAUGUGUACAUCACUGCAUUUCAUUGUUUGCGCGUGUAUGUGUGUGCAUGUGAAUUAGGAUAAAUGUAAGGGCAGAUUUGAAAAGCAGUUGCUUUGAUUAAAACCUCUGCUGACGUCU